CCCGCCCGAUGUCCAUGAGCGCGAACACCAUGAUCUUCAUGAUUCUGGGGGCGUCGAUCGUGAUGGCCAUCGCGUGCUUGAUGGACAUGAACGCGCUGCUGGACCGAUUCCACAACUACAUCCUCCCGCACCUGCGGGGCGAGGACCGCGUCUGCCACUGCAACUGUGGCCGGCACCACGUCCACUACGUGAUCCCGUACGACGGGGACCAGUCGGUGGUGGACGCCUCCGAGAACUACUUUGUGACGGACAACGUGACCAAGCAGGAGAUCGACCUCAUGCUGGGACUGCUGCUGGGCUUCUGCAUCAGCUGGUUCCUGGUGUGGAUGGACGGCGUCCUGCACUGCGCGGUGCGUGCCUGGAAGGCCGGCCGGCGCUACGAUGGCUCGUGGACCUGGCUGCCCAGGCUGUGCAGCUUGCGGGAUCUGGGCCGGCGGCCGCACAGGCCCUUCGAGGAGGCAGCAGGGAACAUGGUGCACGUGAAGCAGAAACUCUACCACAAUGGCCACCCCAGCCCGCGGCACCUGUGAGCCGCACACGGACUCGCUGGGGCCACCGGCCGCUGUACAGAUGCAAAAGGGACUUCUGGGACGCCCAGGCCGGUGGGACUGGACAGCAGCCUCGGGCCCAGGGUGCCCAGGGCUGUGGCCGGCCGGGCGAGUCCAGUGGAAGGUGCUGUCUCCUCUUCUUUUUAUAAGGGGG